AUGGCCCUGAAACGAGCCACCGGCUGCAGCCGCGCGCUGGCAUUCGCUUUGGGCUCGCGAGGCACUUUUCGCGCCUCGACCACUUCGGGGGCUCGCGACUCGUGCGCACCGACCGAACCACCCGCUUGCCCGCCUUGCGAGUCCCCGCGUCCACCCCCCUGUAGGCGCCCCGCCGACUGCGAUCCUCGAGCCGUGCGCGUCGUAUGCUGUGCGCCGCCAGCUUCUAAACGACCGCCCUGCCCGGAGACACCGCCCGCCUGCGCUCUUACCUGCCAAAAUCGUCAAUUCACAAAGGACGCAAGGCGGGAAGGUCACUCCGACCCGUGCAAACGCGAAGAUAGAGGUGAAUGCAGCACGCGGCUCGACCACGUGGCGAGCCGUCUCGCUGCGGCCGAAAAGGUGCGCCGCACUAACUACGAGAGCGAGGCCGCCCGGCACGCUACCGGCCCAGUCUCUCCUUCUCCCGCAAUACCUCACUACACGCUGGCGGGCGAGCGAACGUGCGCUCGCGCCACCGAUGGACGCGAUUAUAUGUGUCAAAAGACGCCUAACGCGCCUCGCGCCUGCUCAGCCGACCGUACACCUCCUCCGCCGGAGCCCGUAGGGCUGGCUUCGUCUGAAGGCUGCGACGUUCAAGGCGGACGUCGUCUGGACCCCUGCGCCCAUCGACCGCGGGUUUUCGUGGAAAUCGACCGAAGUGCGAACGCGAAAGCAACAAAAUCGGACAGUGUUACUAAAGAGAGCCUAACGACCCGCCUCUUCAAUACCAUGAAAUUAAAAAAGUCUACUCAGUCGGCCUGUCCUCGCCGAAAAUGCAAGGAAGAGAACGACUGGUGCGAGACCCCACCACGGCUCGGGGCGGUUCCGCUCCGCUGUCGAGAGUCUAGUCUCGCCGAGCGACUACAUCGGAGAAGGCCGAGAGAUCAGAGAGACACUCCUCGGAGCCUUCAUACGUCGGCCCACGCCGACUUUUCUCGGAUCGUCGCCUCCCCGAUAAAAAACGAACCAAGCUUCGAUAAAAUAUCGGUCAUUUUGAGAGAGCGAGAGGCAUUCCUGGAGAGCGGUCGAGGUCGUUCGGUAGGCCUCGUCGACGACGAACGAAGGAUGUCGAAGAAGUCACAUCGCGGCUCACUCGAACUGCCGGUUCCGUUCGGCGCGGGCGCCGUGAAGGUGCGUGUGACGUUGGAUUACGACCUGAAAGAACACCGACGCGACUCGCCGUCGACGAAAUGCGUGCGCGGGAGUCCAGACUCUUGGCUGUCCAUUCAGAAUAUUAGAAGCAAGUUUUCAGGCUGCAAGAAAGGUCGAAAUGGACAACCUCGUCCACCAGUCUGA